GGGGGCGGGCGCGAGCGAGCGGCGACCGCAGACAUCCGGGCCCUUUAGCCCCGUGAGCCCCCCGAGCCGGCGGCGCGGGCGCCGGGCGCGGGGCGCGGGGCUGACAGCCGCGGCGCGGGAGGCGGGGCGCGAGGAGGGCGGAGGCGCUGCGCGGGGAGGGAGGAGCUGCCCGCGCAUCCGCUGCCACCGCUCUGCUCCACACCCGCCGGCGCAGCCCCGCCACGAGACUCUGACAGCGGCGCGGCCGGCGCUGCUCAAGCGCGCAGGGACGGACGGACCACGGCAGCCGCGGCGAGAGAGGACGCGGGGAUCGCGGCGCGGCGCCAAGUGCGGGAGGCGCUCAGGGUUGGCGGCGCGCAGAGGUCCCCUCUGAAGCAGCUGGCAGCUCAGCAGGUGUUACCAUCUCUGAGGAGGGAGUCAGCCAGAAGAACAAAAAGGGAUGGCGUGGAGGCUGCCCAGGGUCUGAAGAGGGAACACAGGCCACAGCCUACUGGAUCUGGAGCCUCUGAGUGGGGGCUGCACUGCUGGGGAGGUUCCAGAAGAAGAAUCGAUGCUUUGGCCCCUGGCGACAUGUACACGGUGUAAUGACAGUUUUUGGCCAGGGCUGGGUUUGAACCCACAACCUCCAGCAUAUGAGGCUGGCGCCCUACUCCUUUGAGUCACAGGCACUGCCCUGAAAUGAGCAGGUUGGCAGAAAAACUGGUGGCCUAAAAUUUAAGACUAAGGCAUCGGUGCUUGGCUCUGGCUGAGAUCAUGGCCAAUGGCAUUGAUGAGCUCAUCGGCAUUCCCUUCCCCAACCACAGCAGUGAGAUCCUGUGCAGCCUCAACGAGCAGCGGCACGAUGGGCUGCUCUGCGAUGUGCUCCUGGUGGUGCAAGAGCAGGAGUACCGGACGCACCGCUCCGUCCUGGCCGCCUGCAGCAAGUACUUCAAGAAGCUCUUCACGGCUGGCACCCUAGCCAGCCAGCCCUACGUCUACGAGAUUGACUUCGUGCAGCCCGAGGCUCUGGCCGCCAUCCUGGAGUUCGCCUAUACCUCCACGCUAACCAUCACCGCCAGCAACGUCCAGCACGUCCUCAACGCUGCCAGGAUGCUGGAGAUCCCAUGCAUCGUGAAUGUGUGCCUAGAGAUCAUGGAGCCUGGGGGGGACGGGGCAGAGGAGGACGACAAAGAGGACGAUGACGAUGAUGACGAUGACGAUGAGGAGGAGGAUGAGGAGGAGGAGGAAGAGGAUGAUGAUGAUGAUGACACAGAGGAUUUUGCUGACCAGGAAAACCUGCCUGACCCCCAGGACAUCAACUGCCACCAAAGCCCUUCCAAUACGGACCAUCUCACAGAGAAGGCCUAUUCGGACACACCCAGGGACUUCCCUGACCCCUUCCAGGCUGGCAGCCCUGGCCAUCUGGGUGUGAUCCGGGACUUCUCCAUUGAAUCUCUGCUAAGGGAGAACCUGUACCCCAAAGGCAACAUCCCUGACAGGAGACCCUCCCUGUCUCCAUUCACCCCCGACUUCUUUCCACAUCUCUGGCCAGGGGACUUCGGUGCCUUCACCCCACUGCCCGAGCAGCCCAUGGACAGUGGGCCACUGGAUCUGGUCAUCAAAAACCGGAAGAUCAAGGAGGAGGAAAAGGAGGAGCUUCCCCCACCCCCACCACCGCCCUUCCCUAGUGACUUCUUUAAGGACAUGUUCCCUGACCUGCCUGGGGGGCCUCUGGGCCCCAUCAAGGCAGAGAAUGACUAUGGUGCCUAUCUCAACUUCCUGAGUGCCACCCACCUGGGAGGCCUCUUCCCACCCUGGCCACUGGUUGAGGAGCGCAAGUUGAAGCCCAAGGCCUCUCAGCAGUGUCCCAUCUGUCACAAAGUCAUCAUGGGAGCGGGGAAGCUGCCACGGCACAUGAGGACCCACACCGGGGAGAAGCCGUACAUGUGCAACAUCUGCGAGGUCCGCUUCACCAGGCAGGACAAGCUGAAGAUCCACAUGCGGAAGCAUACGGGGGAGCGGCCCUACCUGUGCAUUCAUUGCAACGCCAAGUUCGUGCACAACUACGACCUCAAGAACCACAUGCGCAUCCACACGGGCGUGCGGCCCUACCAGUGCGAGUUCUGCUAUAAGAGCUUCACACGCUCCGACCACCUGCACCGCCACAUCAAGCGCCAGAGCUGCCGCAUGGCACGGCCCCGGCGCGGCCGCAAACCCGCCGCCUGGAGGGCCGCCAGUCUGCUCUUCGGGCCCGGUGGCCCGGCCCCCGACAAGGCGGCUUUCGUGAUGCCUCCCGCACUGGGCGAGGUGGGUGGCCACCUGGGCAGCGCUGCAGUGUGCCUCCCUGGCCCCAGCCCCACCAAGCACUUCCUGGCGGCACCCAAGGGCACCCUGAGCCUGCAGGAGCUCGAGCGACAGUUCGAGGAAACGCAGAUGAAGCUGUUCGGGCGCGCCCAGCUGGAGGCUGAGAGGAACGCGGGGGGCCUACUGGCCUUUGCGCUGGCCGAGAACGUGGCCGCAGCGCGGCCCUACUUCCCGCUGCCCGACCCGUGGGCCGCGGGCCUGGCCGGGCUCCCCGGGCUCGCAGGCCUCAACCAUGUGGCCUCCAUGUCUGAAGCCAACAACUAAGCUGGUCCUUGCGGAUUCCAGUGCCCCACCCCCGCCGCCCCACUGUCCCUUAUCCCACCAAGCCUACUCUGCCGGGCCCAGUGGGUCUGAACUUUUUAUUUUAAAAACACAAAGGGAAAAUGCAAAAAUAUAUAUUAACAACAAUGGUAUUUUCUGGGCCUUCUAAGGCAGCUGCCACCUUUUUGCUGGUCUGUGAGAUGAGCAUCUCCUCGGAAGGGCCUGGAGCUCUGGCCUGUCUCUUUGCCACUCACACAGAAA